AUGGAGUCCGUGAGUGCGGGCAGCGUGCAGGCAAUCACGGGCGCUAUUUUGUCGUACUCCUCUUCGGCGAGCGCUCCAAAUCUAGAGCCCAUUGCCUUUAAGGAGGCUGCCCUCGCGCGUCUCAGGAAUGUGGCGGUCACGAGCCGAGAGUGGCGCGACUUCGUGAGCUGCUUGCCGGGCUGCACGCUGCUCUUCCUCGGCCGGACGGAGCACCAUCCUCUCGCGGCUGUCGUCUGGCACCCGCCAGCGGCGCGACACGCAGCAUCUAUCGAGGCGCUCUUCGCCAAACAGGGAGGAUGCAGCGUGCGGCCCACCGGAGCACCGCGAGAGGUGGUUCUCGCAGCAGGACGGACGGUGCUGGUUGUCGAGGCGACUGAGUUCGCACGGCUCCUCCUCAAGCGAAGCCCGCAAUGGCUCUCGGCGCUCUUUGCCGCCCAGGCUCCAGAGUUCGAGCACGCAGGCUGGCAAAGGCUGACGGCGGAAGCAGACCAAGACACACUAGCCGGCCCUCUGUUUGCGCGUGCGUGCGUGCACCAGGCGGUGGGGCGGCUCAAGCAGUCGGGCUCGGUAGUGGCGGCAGACGAGGAGCCGCCGGCGCUGCGCGCUGCCGCGGCCACGGCAGUCGCCCUGCUCCGGCAAGGGCACCGGCUCGCGCCGGGCAGUCCCGCCCCGCCCGCCUCUCUCCUCGAGCGCCUCGGCGAGCCUAGCGACUGGCCGAGGCACGCGAGGCCGGGCCUGCUCGCUGACGCGCUCGCCGCGGCGCAAGAGCACUGCGCCGCCAUCGACACGCACAGCCGGUCUGCGCCGUCCGCGAGCGAGGUGUCGCGGCUGCCUCUCCUCGAGGAGUGGCUGGCCGGGCUCGACCAGCUUCUGCACGACCCCGACGGCGAUGCUGAGCUCGCCAGCCUCCUCCAUCCGGGCGCCUCCCAACCCCCUGCGCCCGGAUUUGAGUUUAAGGACGGGGUGCCCGACCUGCUCGAGCGGCUCGGAAGACCGGUCGAGCCGCGCAGCGUCGUGCUGGCUGUGCGGAGCGGCUCGCACCUCUACGGCCUCGCCACGGGCGCGAGUGACGAGGACUACACCAUCCUCUACCUCUCGCCGGCGCGGGAGGCGCUGCGGCUCCGCCCGCCACGCGCGCAGUUCGAGUCGCACGGCUCGUCCUCCUUCGGCGCGGACAAGGCCGGAGAGCUCGAGUGCACCGGCACCGAGCUCGCUAGCUACGUGGAGCACCUGACGCGCGGCAACCCGAGGGUUGUCGAGCUGCUCUGGCUGCCCGAAGGCGCGGCGCUGCGGGCGGCUUGGCCGUGGCCGGAGCUCGUCGCGCAGCGGGAGCUCUUCCGCAACCAGCGCACAGUCGGGCAGUACGUCGGGCUGAUUCGCGAGCGGCUGCACCGGGCGCGAGGGCUGCUGGCGCAGGCCGGCUCGCCGCCGCAGGCCUGCAGCGACUCGGUGGUGGCGGGCGUAAACAAGUGCCUCUACCACGCGCUGCACAAGCUGUACGACGCGCAGAGGCUCGUCGCGGGCGAGGCGCUGCACGUGGCGUCGCGCGGCGAGGAGCGCGACCGCAUCCUCGCCGCGCGCCGCUUCGGCGGCCCUCCCUUCGCCGCGCAGCUCGACCUGCUGGACGAGGUCGAGGCAGCGGUCGGCCGCCUCGUCGCAUCGCUCGCGGGUCGCGGCCCUCCGCUGCCGCCAGAGGCGGACGUCAGCCAGCUCUCGAGCUGGCUGCUCUCCGUCCGCCGCCGGCAGCUCGCCGCCCUCGAGCCCCCUCCGGCCCGUCCGGUGCGCUCGGCGUCAUCGUCAGGGGGCAGUGGCGCGGAGCCUGCUGGCGAGGAGGACUCAGCCGAGGUCGCAUCGUGCUUGCGGCAGCUCGAGGAGGAGCACGGGGUGGCGCUGCUCUUCUGCGCCGAGGUGUCCUCCCGCGUCAUCGGCUCGUCGCACAGCCGGUCGGACCACGAUUUGGUCGCCGUCUUUGUGCCUCCGCCCGCCGCGUACCUGUCGAUCGAGGCGCCGCGCAAGAAGCUGUCCGCCUCCUUCGCCACUGCCGGCUGCACGGCCGUGGACGUGGUCGCUUACGAGCUGCGGCACGCCUCCUCGAUGCUCGCGUCCAACAACCCGACCCUGUUUGAGGCGCUGCGCUCGCCAAUCGUGUAUGCGGCGACUGAGCCGUUCGCCUCUGGCGCGCGCGCGCUGGCCGAGCGCUACGACGCGCUCGCCCUCGCCGCGUCGUGGCUGCACCACGCCAAGCGCAACCACGUCGACUUCAUCGCGGGGGCGAGCCGGCGGGGCGAGGAGGGGCCGGUGCGCAAAAAGUACCUGCACGUGUUGCGGCCGCUCCUCUCGGUGCGCUGGCUGCGCGAGCGAGGCCGGCUCGAGCUGCCGGCGGAGGGUGGAGAGUGCCCGGAAGACGACGCGACUGAAGUCGAUCCCGCGGCGGAGCGCUGGCCGCCGCAGCAGCUGCAGCAGCUGCUCUCGUCGCUGGGCGCUGCGGAGGGCGACGCGGCGGAGGGGUGGCUCGCGGAGCGAAGGAGGCGGCAGCGGGACGGCGGCACGCGCCACUCGGCCCGCGCGCUCGCCGCGUGUGAUGCGCUCUGUGUGGCAUCGAUCCAGGCGGCGGCGGCGGGGCACAGUGGUGGCGGUGACACUGCCAGCGGGUGGGUUGGCGGUGCGGCAGCAUCCUCCGACCAGCCCGGGCUGGACGAGAUCGGCCUUCGCUACGCGACCAUCGAAGAGACCGCCACAGGGCGCGACAAGUACCUCGGUGGCGACAAGACUUCGGCUGGCCAGGGCUUCACGAGGCACUAUGCGGCGCUGCUCGAGCCGCUCCGCCCCCUUGUGGGCGUGACACUCCUCGAAAUCGGCGUCUGGUACGGCGCAUCGCUCGCCAUGUGGUCCGACUACCUCGGGCCGACCGCCCGCAUCAUCGGCAUUGACUGCUCGCUUGCCCGCUUCCGGAGGCGUGGAGGGGGCGGGCACCUGCAGACGAGCCCAACUCACGAGUUGGACACCGCGUCGGAGGCGUUCGUCUCGCUCGUCGCACGGCUGCCUCGGCUGCACAUCGUCCUCGACGACGGCGACCACACGGCCCUCUCCCAGUGGCGCCUCCUCCGCCUCCUCUGGCCCAGGCUGCUGCCGGGCGGCGUUUACGUCAUCGAGGAUGUCGUUCAGCCGGGCGCUUUCUUCGCUCCCAGCGCCUUCGGUGCCGUGCUCGGCGCCGUUGCAAACGAGAGCUACCCUCGCUCCGCCGAGGUCAAUCGCGAGCGUGAGCGUGUCGUCUCUGCUGCACGCGCCGCCGCGGUCGCGGAAGUCGAGCACGCGCGGCGGGCGGUCGCCCACGCCACGGCCGCUCGUGAGCGGGCGGGAGACGGGCGCGACCGGGCGGCGAUCGAGAGCGCGCUCGCCGCAAAAGUGAGCGCGCUCGAGGCUCUCGAGGCAGAGGGAGGGCCGCGAAUAGGGGAGCGGAGGGCACGUGCCGCGGCGAGGGAGUUUGACGCUAGCGUCCAGAGCGCCGCCGCGCUCGCGGCAGAGGCAGAGUCGAUCGAGGUAAGGCGCAUGUGCGUCGUGAUCAGGAAGAAGGGGGGGGGGGAGUGA